AGCGCUCUGUCCCUGGCUCAGUGCGAGCUAAAAACUCAUCAACAUGCGGACCUCGCUCAUACUGAACGUUAUUGUCUACGCGGCAACAAUUAUGCCAGCCCCCAGCAUCAGCGAUUCCAUCUCAAACUUCUUCUCCGGUCAAUCCGAGAAGGCCACCAAAUUCUUUGAAGAGCAGAGAAUAAAAAUAGAGAGAGCUUUCAACUCAAGUAUAGAGGAGGCGACUAAAAUGAAGGACAGCGUUAACAAUUACAUGGAAGAACAGCAGAAUAAGAUCAGCGCUGAUAUCAAUAAUUACGUUGAAAGCGUGAAGGAGAGCGGAAGAAAAGUGGCAGAUUCCUGGUCCUACCUGCCGAGCGACGAUAAUACAGCGCGUUUAGAAAAUCCUGACGUCGUGUUGUCAGUUCCUGCCACUAUCGCUCGUCAUGGGUACAAUUGCGAGACUCAUACUGUUAUAUCACAAGGGUACCUGCUUAGCAUACACCGAAUCCCUCUUUCAAAGAAGGGAGACAGUGUUCCUUCGAAAACUGUUAUUUUACAUCAUGGAUUAUUCGCCAGUUCCGCAGAUUGGAUCCUGAACGGCCCUGAAAAAGGCUUAGCUUACAUGCUUGCUGAAGCUGGAUAUGACGUGUGGAUGCCCAACAUAAGAGGCAACAAGUACUCUAGGGAGCACGCCUGGUUGAAAACUGACUCCAAAUCCUACUGGAACUUUUCUUGGCACGACGUCGCUCUAUACGAUGUUCCUGCAAUUAUUGACUACAUUAUUAAAGUGAAAGGAGAGGGCACUAAAAUUACUUACAUAGGACAUUCGAUGGGGACAACUAUUCUAUUUGCAAUGUUAACUUUACGUCCUGAUUAUAAUAAUAUUCUGACUGCUGGUUUCGCUUUAGCACCUGUGGUGUUCAUGAACGAUAUGAAGUCUUCUUUGAAAUCAUUCGCACCGCUUGCCAGCAAUGUCGCUUACAUGGAGAUGCUGUACGGAUCCCACGAGUUCAUUCCAAAACACUCGACCUUGGGUAGAAUAUCAAGCUCUUGCAAAGCGGACAGCUUUGAUGCGGCCUACUGUAAAAACAUUAUAUUCUCCAUAUGUGGUUAUGAUGAAAAGCAGUUUAACAAGGAGCUGCUACCAGUAUUUUUGUCUCACCUCGGCACUGGGACCUCGUGGAAGACAACAGUACAUUUUGCUCAGCUGGUCACCUCGGAAAGGUUCCAACAGUUUGACUAUGGAGCUAGCCAUAAUAAAAUUAUGUACGGACGAGAAACACCUCCUGAAUACGAUCUUAAAAAAGUUACUUUACCUAUAACAUUAUUUUGGUCGAAAAAUGAUUUAUUAUCAAGUGAAACGGCAGUGAAUAUGUUAAAGGAGCGGUUACCAGCGACGACCGACUCGUACUUGGUGCCAAAUGAAGAAUUCAAUCAUUUAGAUUAUUUAUGGGCUAUCGAUGCUCCUACGCUAUUGAACAACAAGAUUAUUGAAAAGCUCGACACCGUAUCUUCAGGUUAUAACUUUUAUUUCUCCAUAAAAGCUGCAGGAAAAUGAAAUAAUGAGGUUUCUGAAAAGUGCUUCAAGUAUUACAUGUGAUAAAAAUUGAUUGCGAGAAAGAUUGUUGUUCAAAUACUUGUAUUUUACAACAGAACUUACUCUGCGAUGAGUAAAAUUUAAUAACUUAAGUCGGUAUUUUACAUAAAAUUUAAAUCAUGGCAGAUGAUGUUACGGAGCGAGAUAACAGAGAAGAAAAAUAUAAGUCAAAAGAGAAAAUAAUAUCAAAUUUUCAACUAAGCUGCACUAAGUUACAUUGUGUCAUUUUAUUAUAAUUUAGAAAAAUCUGAUUUUCUUUAAAGUUGCUUACUUUUGAGAACGAGCUAUUCAACCCUUCUCUAGACACUAGAUUAUGCGAGUUUCUAGACCGUUUAGUAUAAAUCGUUGUGAGCAAGGAGAAAAUAAGUUUCUGAAGACUAUAUUCCGCCUUGUGGCUCCGUCUGACAUGUGACAGGGUAUGAUGUAUGGUCACUGUAUAUAUUAAGACCAGUCAUAGCUUUUUUAACAAACGUACGCUGCGCGGUAUGGACGCCGUGUCCGUAGGUAACAUGUCUGCUAGCAUUGUAAGCGGUUGAGAAAGAUUCAUUCUCGUUCAUUCUCAUCCGUUUACAGUCAUGUGUUGCGUGCCUAUAUUACGAACACGGCGCGCAUUACAGAUACACCGUGCAGCGUGUGCGUUUGUUAGAAGAGUUAUUACUGGUCUUAUACAGUGGUAUGGUAUGACUAAAAUGUUAUUGACUAAUUUGGAGACGGUCCUGUUGAAAAGGUACACGGUGUGACGUAGAUACCUUUUUCAUAUAGUGUCACAUAUUCUAUUUGCUAUAUUGCAGCGAAACUAUGAUGUACUUCUUGUAUUCUUCAGUAUUACCUACUUAUUUAAGACUAAGAUAAGAACUUGUAAAAAUGUAGAUGUAUUUAUAUUAAUAAAACAAUGAAUUAACGAAA